GCUUCAUGUUCAUGGCAGUUGAACCAGUCCACCAACUGCAUUCCAGAUGGAGGCGGGACUUCCGGUUUGUGGUACGAACCUACUGAGGCCUGUCCAUGUGGUUGUGACCCGGCGGAUUUUCAGUUAUACCUUCUAAAGCAAACACACAAUGGCUGAGAAUGACGUCGACAACGAGUUGUUGGAUUAUGAGGAAGAUGAAGAACCCCAGGGAGGCCCCGAGGGGGACGCCCCUGCCGGCAAGAAGGAGGUGAAGGGUUCCUAUGUGUCCAUCCACAGCUCCGGCUUCAGGGAUUUCCUCCUCAAGCCGGAGCUGCUCCGAGCCAUCAUCGACUGUGGGUUUGAGCAUCCAUCUGAAGUUCAGCAUGAAUGCAUCCCACAGGCCAUCCUUGGUAUGGACAUCCUGUGCCAAGCCAAAUCUGGAAUGGGCAAGACGGCUGUGUUUGUUCUGGCCACGCUGCAGCAGAUUGAACCAGUGGACGGGCAGGUGUGUGUUUUAGUCAUGUGUCACACGCGAGAGCUGGCCUUCCAGAUCAGCAAAGAGUACGAGCGGUUCUCCAAGUACAUGCCCGCCGUGAAAGCAGCCGUGUUCUUCGGCGGCCUGUUCAUCAAGAACAACGAAGAAGUCCUGAAGAAUAACUGCCCUCACAUUGUGGUCGGAACGCCGGGUCGGAUCCUGGCGCUGAUCAACAACAAGACCCUGAACCUGAAACACCUCAAACACUUUGUCAUGGAUGAGUGUGACAAGAUGCUGGAGCAGCUGGACAUGAGGCGUGACGUGCAGAACAUCUUCAGGAUGACUCCUCACGAGAAGCAGGUCAUGAUGUUCAGUGCCACGCUGAGCAAGGAGAUCCGACCAGUUUGCCGCAAGUUCAUGCAGGAUCCGAUGGAGGUGUUUGUGGACGACGAGACCAAACUCACGCUCCAUGGUCUGCAGCAGUACUACUGCAAGCUAAAGGACAGCGAGAAAAACCGCAAGCUCUUUGACCUUCUGGACGUGUUGGAGUUCAAUCAGGUGGUGAUCUUUGUCAAGUCAAUUCAGCGAUGCGCCGCUCUGUCCCAGCUCCUGGUGGAACAGAACUUCCCCGCCAUUGCUAUCCACAGAGGAAUGGCUCAGGAGGAAAGACUGUCUCGCUAUCAACAGUUCAAGGACUUCCAAAGGCGGAUCAUGGUGGCGACCAACCUCUUUGGCCGAGGGAUGGACAUUGAGCGAGUGAAUAUCGUCUUUAACUACGACAUGCCCGAGGAUUCUGACACCUAUCUGCACAGGGUUGCUCGUGCUGGUAGGUUCGGGACCAAAGGCCUGGCCAUAACCUUUGUGUCUGACGAGACCGACGCCAAGACUCUGAAUGAGGUUCAGGACCGCUUUGAGGUCAACGUGGCCGAGCUGCCGGACGAGAUCGACAUCUCGUCUUACAUCGAGCAGUCCAGAUGAGUCCUCUGACCAAACAGAAGCCUCCUCUUCAUCCGUCGUGUCUUGUGUUUGGAAGUGGCUCCCCGUUGAUUUUUACAGUUCUGCACAUUUUUUGUUUUUUUUCCACAAAACGUUUAUUUUUAUUGUUGGGUUAUUUUGGGGUGGGGGGGUAUGUCUUUUACAAGUUGUUUUUUGGUUGAUUUUGCCUAAUUAAAACUUUUUAUAAAACACUUCA